GCUUCCGAGGGCGGGUGGCCCAGGGUUCGGAGAGGACGCUCCAUCGAGGUGGGCAGCGCGGCAAGGACCCCAGGAGACUGACCGGUCUCAGGGCCCCGAGACCAGCUUUCCUGUGUCACCACCACAGGCAGGCCACCGAACUCCAGGAGGAGGACCCUGAGGACUCUGAUGACGAAUGGGCUCCAAGGCGGCGAGGCAACAUCCAGGGUGCCAUUAAGCAAUGAGUACAGUUUGAAGGAAUUGACAGGAAUGUCAAAUUUGAUGACUGCAAGUGACUCAGAGCAUGCCCAGAAACCAGUGCCCCUUUCUGAAGAAGCAUGUGCCUUUGGACAGCACACUAGACAAAAAUCAGAACUCAGGAGAAAGGAGAUGGACGUGAAGAUGUACAGCCUACAAGAGAGAAAGGACUGUGUGUACCAAGAGGUCACCGAGCCCCAGGAUGAUGUCUACCUUUAUUGUGAGAAGUGUCAGAACUUCUUCAUCAACAGCUGUGCUGUGCAUGGGCCCCCUACAUUUGUAAAGGACCGUGCAGUGGACAAGGGGCAUCCCCACCGUUCAGCCCUCACCCUGCCCCCUGGGUUGAGAAUCGGGCCAUCCUGUAUCCCUGAGGCUGGGCUUGGAGUGUGGAAUGAGGCAGUUGAUUUGCCAGUGGGUCUGCACUUUGGCCCUUAUGAAGGACACAUCACAGAAGAUGAAGAGGCAGCCAAGAGCAGAUACUCCUGGCUGAUCGCCAAAGGGAGAAACUGCUAUGAGUAUGUGGAUGGAAAGGACAGAGCCUGGGCCAACUGGAUGAGGUAUGUGAACUGUGCCCGGGAUGAUGAAGAGCAGAACCUGGUGGCCUUUCAAUACCACGGGCAGAUUUUCUACCGAACCUGCCGGGUCAUCAGGCCGGGCUGUGAGCUGCUGGUCUGGUGCGGGGACGAGUAUGGCCAGGAGCUGGGCAGCAAGUGGGGCAGCAAGUGGAAGAGACAGUUCACAGCUGGGAGAGCGGAACCAAAGCCAGAGGUUCACCCAUGUCCCUCCUGCUCUCUGGCCUUCUCCAGUCAGAAAUUCCUCAGUCAACACAUGAAACUCAGUCAUCCCUGUCAGAUUCUCCUGGGAACACCUGCAAGAAAACACCUCCAAGUAGAGAAACUUGGCCCAGAGGAUCAGAAUCAGCAGCACCAACAUACUAAUAAAUACAACUGGAAUGAUAAAACUGAAGGUCAAGAGGCUAAAGAGAGGUCCAAACCUUUGCUUAAGAGGACCAGUCAAAAGAGAAUCUCAAGAUCCUCUUUCCAACCUUCCAAAGAACAAAUGAGGAGCUCUAAUGAGCAUGAGAGAAUGAUGGAGGAAGAACCCCACAGACGUCAGAAGGACAGUCCAGAGGGCACAGGCAAGUUUGUGAACGCGGGGGUGUUAAGAAUUGUAAGAAUCGAGCACGGAGGGUGUUGGCAAGGCUUCAGUGACGGGUCACAUCUCAUCAGAGGCUGGAGGACACACUCAGGGGAGAAGCCCUAUGUUUGCAGGGAAUGUGGACGAGGCUUUACAUGCAAGUCAAAUCUCAUCAGACACCACAGGACACACUCAGGGGAAAAGCCCUAUGUUUGCAGGGAGUGUGGACGAGGCUUUGCAUGCAAGUCGGCUCUCAUCACACACCAGAGGACACACUCUGGGGAAAAGCCCUAUGUUUGCAGGGAGUGUGGACGAGGCUUUACAUGGAAGUCAGGUCUCAUCAUACACCACAGGACACACUCAGGGGAAAAGCCCUAUGUUUGCAGGGAGUGUGGACAAAGCUUUACAUGCAAGUCAGAUCUCAUCAGACACCAGAGGACACACUCAGGGGAGAAGCCCUAUGUUUGCAGGGAGUGUGAGAGAGGCUUUACAUGCAAGUCAAAUCUCAUCACACACCAGAGGACACACUCAGGGGAGAAGCCCUAUGUUUGCAGGGAGUGUGGACGAGGCUUUACAUGCAAGUCAGCUCUCAUCAGACACCAGAGGACACACUCAGGGGAGAAGCCCUAUGUUUGCAGGGAGUGUGGACGAGGCUUUGCAUGCAAGUCAGCUCUCAUCACACACCACAGGACACACUCAGGGGAAAAGCCCUAUGUUUGUAGGGAGUGUGGACGAGGCUUUGCAUGGAAGUCAGCUCUCAUCACACACCAGAGGACACACUCAGGGGAGAAGCCCUAUGUUUGCAGGGAGUGUGGACGAAGCUUUGCAUGGAAGUCAGAUAUCAUCAGACACCAGAGGACACACUCUGGGGAAAAGCCCUAUGUUUGCAGGGAGUGUGAGAGAGGCUUUGCAUGCAAGUCAUAUCUCAUCAGACACCAGAGGACACACUCAGGGGAAAAGCCCUAUGUUUGCAGGGAUUGUGGACGAGGCUUUACAUGCAAGUCAUAUCUCAUCGCACACCAGAGGACACACUCAGGGGAGAAGCCCUAUGUUUGCAGGGAGUGUGAGACGAGGCUUUACAUGCAAGUCAUAUCUCAUCAGACACCAGAGGACACACUCGGGGGAGAAGCCCUAUGUUUGCAGGGAGUGUGAGAGAGGCUUUACAUGCAAGACAUAUCUCAUCAGACACCAGAGGACACACUCGGGGGAGAAGCCCUAUGUUUGCAGGGAGUGUGAGAGGGGCUUUACAUG